ACAGAUAGUGCUACAAAGUGUAUGACAACGGAAGUUGGAAGCAAAUUUCGACGGGUAAAAAGAACAAUGUUCUUAAAUUCCAUGAAAAGCAUUUCGUACGCUAUGGAUACAUUUGUCAUUCUCUAAAAGAGCAUUUUUGAGUAUAUGCGUGUUUGUGUAUACUGUCUGUGUAUUCUACACUGACAAGAAAACAUAAAAUCUAGUUAAAAAUAGAGGCAUGAUUUUUAUGCGCUACCAGCACCGAAGGCAAGAGGCAGAAGAUGGAGGAGGACCUAGAGAAAACUCAGGCCACGAAAUGAAGCGCAAAAUGAACGUCAUAAACCUCACAGGAGAAAGUCUUCGAGCAGUAGCCAGAGAGACACUCAUUUCUACAUUCGUCUGUGGAACUCUUCUUUUAUUUCUGGGAAUUUCUAUUCUCUGUGUUGGACUUUUUGUUCCAAGUUUCAAAAGAGACCCAACGUCUUGCUUUGUUGUAGGUCCAACUUUCAUAGUUCUUGGCACUUUAGUUCUACUUUUAUCGUUAGGUAUAAUCCUAAAAUUAAGAAAGAUAUCUUCAUCAAUUAGAUCAUCCGCCGAGCUGGAAAGUCUUGCAAAGAAAGGCAAGGAAAAUCAAAAGAAUAUUUCGGAAAAGGAUAAUAAUGACGAAGAAAUUGCUGCUAAGGAUUCUACGGCAAAGGCUAUUCCCGUCGUUAUCCAUCCUGCCACGCCACUUCAACAGCUCGAUACAAAACCAUUGGCAGUGGACGUUGUAGAACACAGGUGAAAUUGCUGGAUAUCUAUUUAGAUAAAAUUGCUGGAAAUGUUUAUCAAGAUUUGACAUUCCUUUUCUUUCUAAAAGCAUACUGAAAGUGCUUGAGAUUGAAUAAUUCUAAUAAUUUUGAAAAAUAAUUCGUAGAAAGAAACUUUGAAAUUUCAUUUAAUCACACUUUUCCCAUUUGGGAAAAAUUUUCCGAUGCUUCUUCCAGGAACUGGAAGUAUGAAGGAAGCUAAUAAUAGCAGUACAGUGCGCUUAAAUGCAACAAUUAAAAUUAUCUAAUAUGGACAUCACUUGACUUUUUUUUAUAGAAUAUUAAAUUGUUCACAUUUUUUUGAUGA